GGUCGGGGGUGCGAUGGUGCUAGGCGACUCCUGAGGCCAAUGCGCAGGGGUCGUUGUAGGCGAAGGGACUGUGGAGGCCCGGCAAGCGGCUUCCCAGAUCCUGGAGAGACCCAGCUUAGCUUCUGGAGGGAGGGUUCCGGUAGCCCGGGAAAGCCUUGAGAGCUGCCGCCCGACCUGCCAGCUGACCCAGAGGAGAGCGCCAGAGCAGGAAUUGUGAUGAUAGGACUAGGGAUUUAGUCUAGAAGGGACCAUCUCAUCUAGAAGACCUCCUGUUUACAAAUGAGGGAACCGAGGCGGAAGAAAGUGGAUGAGUUGGCAGGAGCAAACAGCAAGUUUAUACUCUUGAGCUACAAAUCUCCUGGAGGCCCUGGCCUGCUGAGAUAUGAAGAAUUCGCCAGUGUUUCUCUACAGAGUUAGUACUAAAAGGACCUCAAGUGGAAAAACCUCCUACUACUCCCUAAAAGUGAAGCGGAGCUGCCCUUCAUAUGGCCCAGAGCUUGAGGGUGAAGAAGAGAAGAAGGGGAGAGGGAACCCUAUUUCAGUUCAGCUGUUCCCCCCAGAGCUGGUGGAACAUAUCAUCUCAUUCCUCCCAGUCAGAGAUGUAGUCGCCCUAGGCCAGACCUGCCACUACUUCCACGAAGUGUGCGAUGCCGAGAGCAUGUGGAGACGCAUCUGUCGCAGGCUCAGUCCUCGCCUACGAGAACAGGGUUCUGGGGUCCGGUCCUGGAAGAGAGCUGCCAUUCUUAACUACACGAAAGGCCUGUAUUUCCAGGCAUUCGGGGGCCGCCGCCGCUGUCUCGGCAAAAGUGUAGCCCCCCUGCUAGCCCAUGGCUACCGCCGCUUCUUGCCCACCAAGGACCAUGUCUUCAUUCUCGACUAUUCUGGGACCCUCUUCUUCCUCAAAAAUGCCCUGGUCUCCUCCACCCUUGGCCAGAUCCAGUGGAAGCGAGCCUGCCGCUAUGUUAUAUUGUGUCGUGGAGCCAAGGAUUUUGCCUCAGAUCCAAGAUGUGACACGGUUUACCGUAAAUACCUCUAUGUAUUGGCCACUCGGGAGCAGCUGGGAGUGGUAGACACAACCAGCAGCCGGGCCUGUGACUGUGUUGAGGUCUACCUGCAGUCCAGUGGGCAGCGAGUCUUCAAGAUGACCUUCCACCACUCCAUGAGCUUCAAACAGAUUGUGCUGGUUGGUCAGGAGACCCAGCGGGCUCUACUGCUCCUCACAGAGGAAGGAAAGAUCUACUUUUUGGUAGUGAAUGAAACCCAGCUGGAUCAACCACGCUCCUACACAGUUCAGCUGACUCUGAGGAAGAUGUCCUGUUGCCUGCCUCACCUGCGUGUGGCCUGCAUGGCUUCCAACCAGAGCAGUACUCUCUAUCUCACAGACCAGGGGGGAGUGUAUUUUGAAGUGCAUACCCCAGGGGUGUAUCGUGAUCUCUUUGGGACCCUUCAAGCAUUUGACCCCUUGGACCAGCAGAUGCCACUUGCUCUCUCACUGCCUGCCAAGGUCCUAUUCUGUGCUCUUGGCUACAAUCACUUUGGCCUCGUGGAUGAAUUUGGCCGAAUCUUUAUGCAAGGAAAUAACAGAUAUGGGCAGCUGGGAACAGGGGACAAAAUGGACCGAGGGGAACCCACACAGGUACACUAUCUGCAACGCCCCAUUGCCCUGUGGUGUGGCCUCAACCACUCCCUGGUGCUGAGCCAGGGCUCGGACUUCAGGAAGGAGCUGCUGGGCUGUGGCUGUGGGGCUGGAGGCCGCCUCCCCGGCUGGCCUAAGGGGAGUGCCUCCUUCGUCAAGCUCCACGUCAAGGUCCCUUUGUGUGCCUGCUCCCUCUGCUCUACCAGAGAGUGUCUCUACAUGCUGUCCAGCCAUGACAUUGAGCACCAUCCUGACUAUCGAGACCUACCAGCCAGCAAGGUGGUGGGGACCCCCGAGCCCAAUCCAGGGUCUGGAGAACCCCAGGACCCUGGGGGGGCAACCUGGGCCUGUGAGGAGUACCUCAGCCAGAUCCACAGUUGCCCCACAUUGCAGGACCGCAUGGAAAAGAUGAAGGAGAUUGUGGGCUGGAUGCCCUUGAUGGCUGCACAGAAGGAUUUCUUCUGGGAGGCCCUAGACAUGCUGCAGAGGGCUGCUGGAGGGGUUGACAAAGCCCCCCCCAGCCCCUGAAAGC